AUGAAUGGGAACUAUGGCAACAACGCCAGCCUCCUAUCCACUACCCAGGGUGUGGGCCCGGGAGGGAGACAGAUCAUGGAGGGUUACAGGAAAGACAUCAUGAACGGCUUCGCGCAGGAACAGCCGCGCUACAAUCCCUUGAAUACAGAAAGGACGCAGAGUUCACCCCACGUCGACCUCAAGGAUCCCAUCCAAGUCCACCUACUCACCGAGACUGCCCUGACCGAUAGCAAAGAAUGGGAGAUCCUGGCGCAAGAAGAGGUGGACGACCUCAAGAAGCAGAUCCAAUCCCUGACGGUGCGCAUCGAGCAGGCGCGGGCCAACCUGGCCAUACAGACAAAAUAUCGGGAUGCCGCGAUAUCAAUGUCCAAGUUGUACACGGCCGGCAAGAGGGGCAACCGAGCCACUGCCGAUCCAACCGCCCAAGAGACAGCCGUCGAAAGACAGGAGAGCGAACAGCGAUGUGAGGAGCUGGCGACGGAGCUUUUCAACCUCGAGAAGGAGAUCCUGGCGCCGCAGCGCCGUCUGCUCCAGCAUACGGCUGCAAUCUUACAACUCACCCACAAGGCCUCCUCGAAAAGAAAAGCACCUCCAGCCGUCCUGAACGGCAUGCCCGGCAGCCCGGAGAGUCUCUACACCUACACGAAUGGGCGGAAUAGCAUGCAGUUCCCGAAUGACGAUCUGGACCGGGACCUUUACUUCCCACUGGAUGAGUCCGAGCCCUUUGGCCGCGCCUUGAAGAACGACAUACCAAUACCACCGCGGUCACCGGUACGGGAGCGGUCGAAUCAGUUGCGUGACGAGGUUGAAACGCUGAAAAAGCAGAACUCUGGGCAUUUGGAUCUGAUCAGUACCACAGAGCGGAGCCUUGAAGAUCUCAACAACCGCCUGCGAGAUUUGGUGGUUCAAAUCAACCCUACAAAGAAUGGAGACUACAGACCAGCCCCUUCCGGAAACUUUGAGCCAGGCGAAUUGGUCAACAGCCAGCUUGCUUAUCUUGCCGAGGCUUUGUCAACUAUCCAGCGGGACCAGGGAGGGCAGUCCGGAAAUUCUGGCAUCUCAGCAAGCAUGCUGCUCCAGGUUGAGGACAGAUUGGACGCCUUGAGCCGCCAGGUAUAUCGAGCCGUUCAGUCUGUCGACGAGAGCCAGCCAGCUCCGCCACUGGCUAAGGAUGCCGGGAUCCAGGAACGUUUUGACUGGAUCGAGUCCGCGGUCCCGAUCCUGCAGACAUCAACGGGCCACGAUACCGGAGCACAGAGUGCUGAACAGAUCGAGACGGUUCUCUCUGGGUUGUGGAAUGUUAUUCAAUCAGGCUACGCAGAAAUUAACCGACAACGAAUUGCUCGAAGAGAAGUGCGACUUGGGAAGGGGAUGCCAGACGAUGAGGAUGACGUAUCCGCAGACGAGGCGUUUGACUACGAUGAGCCCUAUUCAUUAGACGCUUUCUCUGAAAAAGUGCAGUGGCUAUUCAGACAGGCAACGAGUCUGAAGGAGCAAAAGUCGGUGCUCAAGAGACAAAUCAGACAGCAGCGCGAUCUCAACAGCAAGAGCGAUUCCGAGAAGGAUGUGGAGCUACGAGCCAAGGUGGAGGAGCUGAACCGUACCAAGAACCUCCUGGCGUUCUGCGAGGAGAAUGCACAGCAGUCGAAGACAGAGGCCGCCGAAGCUCAAGAGAAGCUAGCUCGGGCCCUCGCGGAUCUAGAUUCCUUGCAGGUCACGCAAGCGGCUAACGAGACCGCUGCCACCUCAGCAGUCCAGGAUCAACUGCGAGAGCGGAAUGCCAAGAUCGCGUCUCUGGAGUCAGACGCCAAAGCCACGCAGGACAAGCUGGAAAUUAUCGAGGCGCAGUUGGGCAGCAUGAAUGAUCAGCUGAAAGAGGCGGAUGAGUCGAAGAAGGCCGCACAGGACGAGAAGUGGAAGCUCGAGGAGCAGAUCCGGGUCAAGGACGAGGAGAUGGAGCAGCUCAACGUGACGAUGAUCGAGAUCAAGACGGAGCUGACCAUCGCCAAGGCCGAACUUGAGGGAGCCUACGGGUCUCGCUCAGAGAGGGCGGCCGAGGCGGCCGCGCUGACCAAGAGCUCCCAGAUGCAGCAAAUGGUUGAGCAGUCGGAGAAGCUCAAGGUCGAGCUUGCCGCCACGUUGAAGGACCUGGAGGAGCUGACCAAGGAGACGCUCGCGGCUGAGAAGGAGAAGGUUGACCUUGAGAGCCGCCUGGACGAGGCGGAAUCGACUCGGGCAACGUUGGAGGGCGACCUUGCCACGCUGAGGACCAAGUACAACUCAGAGGUCACGAAGCUUAAGGAGCAGCUAGACGCCGAGAAGUUCAAGGCCGGGCCGAAUGCCUCGGGCACAGGGCCUAGAGCUGGAGCCUCUAUGCUCAGCGAGCAGUUCAGGGCGACGAUGAAGGAGGAGAGGCGAAAGUUCCAGGAAGAAAUCAGGGAAGAACAAGGCAAGCGCAGAAAGCUGGAGGAGGAACUCCGGGCGCUCAAGAAGUCAGGCGGGCGGGGCUCGAACCCAAUCACACCACGGUAA